AUGCCCCCCAAAAUUGUGAACAUAACAUCACAAUCAAAAAUUAAUCUUGUGAAACUUUAUAAAUCAAUAUUAAUUAUGCUUCUUAUAUGUGGAUUUGAUUUCAAUGUCUGGAAAUUCAAAUUACUUUUGAGAAUAUGUGUGACAUUAUAUUGUAUUUUUCUAAUAACUGUUAACAUAAUCACUAAUUUCACUUGUUGCCCUGGACAAGAGUUUCCUGUGGCUUGGUCUGUUGUGGAAUACACAGCUACGGUGAUACUGACCUUGGUUUUUAAGAAUCAAAUCGCCAAUUACUUUAAAAAAUUAACUGACCUUGAUACGUACUUGAGAAUCGGUAAUAAAUACUACAUAAACUACAAAACGAAAAUAUUUUUUUACACAUUUGUACUCUGGUCGAUUAGAUUUAUUUAUACUAUCUUGUAUUGGAUCUGGUUUCCUUAUUACGAAAAUGUGACUUUAUUUGUGAUCUCCCAGUUUUCAUUGAUUGCUCUCGAUUUAAAUAGAGUGUGGAGGUUUGUGUUAUUUGAUAUGACGCGUUACCGACUGAAAAUGCUCCGCCGUCGCGUGGAAGAGCUGAAAAAUCAUAAUUUCUUUUGUUACGUAAGCAAUUAUAAAACAUUAAAGCAGACGAGGAUACGCUUUUGUUUACAUUUGUACAAAAGCCUAGCCGAUGCAGUUGAUGUAAUAAUGCCAGAACUACAUGCAUCACUCUUCAUCAGUAUAGUGUGCACAUUGCCAAAACUAAUAAUGAAUGCUUAUCACAUCUUGCUGGUAAUUGAACAUUUGGAGCCGUACCCGACCGUGGGGUUCACGGCCCUCCACGUGACGCAGGUGACGCUGUUCAUCUUCGCGCCGUGCGUGGUGGUGGAGCUGUACGCGGUGGAGGUGGAGCGCAUGCGGCUACUGCUUUUACACAAGCUGUUCGAUGAUCCUGAUGAGACGGUGAAAGAAGACGUGAAUUUAUUCCUGCGUUACACUGAAGUUCGUCCGUUCCGGUUCUAUUUGUGGCGCGUGCUUCCCAUCUCCAUUAUGCUGCCGCUGGAGUUGCUCAACUUGUGUACUACUUACGUCAUAGUUCUUAUCAAUUUCACUCAUCUUUAUGGUUGAAAUAUUGUUACAU